AUGUAUGGUGGCCUGGAAACUUCCAAGAUUAGCUCCAGUGGUGAUCCAACAGGGAGAACAUUACAUCCUGCAACAGGGCAAACUGUAGCAAAGAUACUGGUCACAGAUCUAUGCACAGAGUCUCAGUCAAAUGAUAUUUCAGAAGUGCAGGCAUUGAUAGAAGAAAAUAAAGUCCUGAAAGCCCAGUUCAGGGAAUUGAAGAAGGAUUCAGAAUGUUACCGUCAGGAGAUGGAAAAGAAAUUACAGGAGAAAGAGAAAGAAUUAUCAAGGCUAAACCUAAGAAUCACAAGAGAAAUCAUGGACAUGAAUAUAGACGUGUUACCUGGAAUUAUGGGAAACCAAGAAAAUAUUAUGGCAAUAGGGAAUACAGGACCCAAAACUCCAUCAGAGACAAACUCUUACAACAAUUCAGUAGUGCAGUGCUUUGUGAAUGUGAGGGAAAUCAUGUGGAACCACGCAAUAAGUGAAGAAUUAAAGAAAGCUAAGGCAGAGAUGGCAAGAAGAAUAGCUGAAGAGGAGAUGGGUAUAGACAUGUUACCUGAAAUUAUUGGGAACCAAGAAAAUAUUAUGGCAACAGGGAAUACAGGACCAAAAAUUCUAUCAGAGAGAAGCUCCCACAAUGAUUCAGCAGUUCAGGUAGUUCAGGUAAAUAACUUUUAUGUUUAAAUUUGGUCAAUAAAACCUUCAUCAAUGUAAACAUUAUGAAAUAUUUGGAGCUCAUGGAGGCAAAUGAUAACCAAAGACAUGAGAACAAAUUUUGAGAAGAAUCAGGGGUAUUUUAGUAGUGCUUCUUUUAGUCUAUGUUAAAUGGUUAUCA